GUGUCAGACCAUCCAUCAACCAGGAGCCUGGAGUUUGUUCCAAAAGUCGCAAUGUAUUUGACCCAUGAGCUAUUCCAAGCAAACAGAGAGCCCAGGCAUCCAGCUCACAGCUCCUCCCACGCUGGCUUUCCUGGGACAAAGACUUCCUCCGCCCCAGCCGGAUCAGCUUGCCAGGGCCGUGACUACAAAGUCUCCCUCACUGCAGCCAGGAUGUGGCAGGGCUCGUGGCCAAUACCAGCCCUGGGUGCAGGGGACUGGACCUUGCUGCUGCCCCUGGGGAGUGGGGACCUGUGGUGCUGCCCCCUGGCCCCUUUUGGGGUGCAAAGGAGUCCCCGGCCUGUCCUGCUCAGUGCCUGAGGGUUCUUCCAUGAACAUCUCCUUGAACGCAUCUAAAAACUCGAUGCAACUGUGUUUCACAAAUGAUACAUGCAUUGUGUCCAACUUUGGAGGCCCCAAAUCCUACAGCACACUUACCAUCGAUCUCAUCACCCUGAAGAAUAAAAUGUUAAUGGUGAAGAAGAUGAGCUGUGUGCUGCAAGGACACUACUACCUUAAGGAGUUCCUGUCUGGAGAAAUUUUACAAUACCUCACGCUGAAAAUGCCUGAUGUGGCCACAGCCUCACUAUCCACGACCACAGGACCUUCUGACAAGCCUGCAGAGGAGCAGGAGCAUUCGUCGGAGGCCGAGGCAGAUACUGGGAAGAGCCAAGCUGGGAGCAACUUGGGGACACGUGGAGGAGACACCACCACACCAGUGCACACAGCCCAGACCUGCACGUCCUGCACCAUCCUGGAUCUCUGAGGAGCCCGAGGAAAUGGAGGACCCUGACGCUGCCUUCAUGCAACCUCCUGACUAACCUGACGGUGGGUGGUUGGACCCCGAGAGAUGCUUUGUGAACAGGCCAGGGACGAAAGGGCUGCGGGACCUUGCUUCCUCUUUCCUUAUCUUUACUUCCGUUAAUAAAACAGUCAAGAAGGCGGUGUAACAAAUAAAUGCUUUACUCACA